CGAAUGCAAGCGAGGGUGGAGCCCUGCAGACCAGGGCUGUUAGACGCGCUGGCUUACUGCGAAGAGGGACUGAGCAUUGCACUGGGAGGAAGACGUCCAUUCCCUAAUUUCUCAUCCAGGCACCAGCAGCAGAAAUAAACCAUCCGGAAGAAAUAAGACAAUAAGAAUUCCAUUUGCAUCCUCCGAGGCAUCAAACGUGGGCAAAUAUGUCUUACCAAGGCAAAAAGAAUAUUCCAAAGAUCACUAGUGACAGGCUUUUGAUCAAAGGCGGCAGGAUCGUCAAUGACGACCAGUCCUUUUACGCGGACAUCUACAUGGAGGACGGCCUCAUUAAGCAAAUUGGCGACAAUUUGAUCGUGCCGGGCGGGGUGAAGAUCAUCGAGGCCAACGGGAAGAUGGUGAUCCCCGGGGGCAUCGACACCCACACCCACUUCCAGAUGCCCUACCGGGGCACCACCACCGUGGACGACUUCUCCCAGGGCUCCAAGGCUGCCCUGGCGGGGGGCACCACCAUGUUCGUGGACCACGUGAUCCCCGACCCCGGCAGCAGCCUGAUCGAGGCGUUCGAUCGCUGGCGGGAGUGGGCGGACGAGAAGGCGUGCUGUGACUACGCCCUGCACGUGGACAUCACGCACUGGAACGACAGCGUCAAGCAGGAGGUGGAGACCCUGCUCAAGGAGAAAGGGGUGAACUCCUUCCAGGUCUACAUGGCCUAUAAGGAUCUGUACCAGAUGAGCAACAGUGAGCUGUACGAGAUCUUCACCUUCCUGGGGGAAAAUGGCGGCAUUGUGCAGGUCCACGCAGAAAACGGGGAGAUCAUCGCUGAGGAGCAAGCGCGGAUGCUGGAGAUCGGCAUCACCGGGCCGGAGGGCCAUGUUUUGAGCCGACCGGAGGAGCUGGAGGCAGAGGCGGUGUUCCGGUCCAUCACCAUCGCCAGCCAGACUAACUGCCCGCUGUACGUGACCAAGGUCAUGAGCAAGAGCGCGGCUGACAUCAUCUCCCAGGCCAGGAAAAAAGGCAACGUUGUGUUUGGUGAGCCUAUCACGGCCAGCCUUGGGACAGACGGGACGCACUAUUGGAGCAAGAACUGGGCCAAGGCAGCAUCCUAUGUGACAUCACCACCCCUCAGUCCAGACCCCACCACCCCGGACUACCUGAACACCUUGUUAGCCAGUGGCGAUCUGAAUGUGACAGGAAGUGCCCACUGCACCUUCAGCGUGGCCCAGAAGGCCAUAGGAAAGGAUGACUUCACCCAGAUCCCAGAGGGGGUGAACGGCGUGGAGGAGAGGAUGUCCCUUAUCUGGGACAAGGCAGUGGUCACUGGCAAAAUGGACGAGAACAUGUUUGUCGCCGUGACCAGCACCAACGCCGCCAAGAUCCUCAACCUGUACCCCCGGAAGGGCCGGAUUGCCGUUGGCUCCGACAGCGACCUGGUCAUCUGGGAUUCCGAUGCGGUCAGGACCAUAACGGCAAAGACGCACCACUCGGCUGCUGAGUACAACGUGUUCGAGGGCAUGGAGCUGCGUGGCGCCCCGCAGGUGGUGAUCUGCCAGGGCAAGAUCGUCCUGGAGGACGGGACCCUGCACGCCACCUCCGGGACCGGGCGCUUCAUCCCCUGCACCCCGUUCCCCGACUUCACCUACAAGCGGGUCAAGGCCAGGAAACAGCUGGCCGUUUUGAGGGCGGUUCCCAGGGGCAUGUACGACGGGCCGGUGUCCGACUUCUCCCCCCUGUCCCGCGGUGGAACCCCCUCCGCCUCCACCCGCUCCUCCCCCACCAAACAGACCGCCCCUGUUAGGAACCUCCACCACUCUGGGUUCAGUCUAGCAGGUAACCCUGCACAACGCGGUCCCCCCACCACAGAGGAAACCCCCAUUCGGCCAGCUGGACGACGCAUAGUAGUGCCCCCUGGUGGCCGCUCUAACAUUACUUCUUUGAGCUAAAUUUAGGAAAAAAGGAAAAAAAAAAGAAAAACGACAACAAAAGCAUACAAAAAAAAAAUUGAAAAAAAAAAAAGAAACACAGCCACUGGGAACAAAGAUACGAUUGGUUAAUGUUUAAGUCAGACGAAACACUGAGUCCUCAUGCCUUACCAAUCAUGACUGCUACCUGCUGCAGAUUUAGGAGCUCAGUAUUCCUUCUCCUCAGAAAUCUAAGGUCAGGCAACUGACUAAAAACUUGUUUUUUUUGUUCUCUCUCAAAUUAUUCAGUGGAUUUUUGUGGUCAUUAACAAUGUCAGUAUCGUACUCAUGAAUGAAUUAAGAUAAAUGUGUCCCCUGGAGAAUGCACUGUGACCUUUUAAGUCAUUUUAUUACAGGGUAGGAUAUUCAAAAGUUCAGGUCUAAUUAAAUCAGUUUCCCUAAAGAAAGGCUCAUAUAAUUGCAUUCUGGUAAAUUAUUAUUAUGUUCAUAUUUCAUAAUUUCUCAGUACGGUUUAAUUUUUACCUACAUUAAAAAAUAAUCACCAAGAGUUUGCUGUGCAAGAGACAGUAGAGAUGAAUGGUGACUCUUAGCUAUUUUGUAUUAUUUAGAUAUUUUUUGAUUGUAGGAUUGUAAACAUUUAUUUCCCUGAAUAAAACUCAUUUUACUGAUUCUCCAAACAAAGACUGUCAUACAUUUCUUACGACCUACAGUAUAGUAUGUUUAGUAAAAUGUCAGAUUAUUUUAGCACCUGUGCUUUCUAGGAAAAGGAAUACUGUUUCAGAAUGUUGCAGAAUGUUUGAUUUUGUUUUUAUUAUAUGACGCUUUCGAUGUCUUACUAGUUUGCAAUAGUCCAUCGCAAUGUUAACAUGCAAUCCCAUCAAUCCUAGCUAGGUGGCAGUGUGGGUCUAGUAGAUGUAAUGUAGCUUUGUGAAUGAUGUUAGUGCCGUUUCCUUGGGUUGUGGAACCAGGAAUAUUUGAUAGCAUAAUAAUUUAAAACGAGAUAAAGCGCGUCUGGUGUACAGGUCCUGUGCACGUACAAGAACACGCUGAUAGAAGAGUUUUCCAUGUUUUUAAACGCGCUCUGUGCUGGCUGCAUCGUGGGUGAUUGUUCUUUGCAUUUGCUUAUUAACCUCAAUCUUAAUGCCUGUUCUAAUCUUACAUUUAGCAAACAAUUUGGGAAAAGGAAAUUCAGCCUUCAUAAAAAAAAAAUAAAAGCAAAAAUCGAACAAGAAAUAAAAAUAUUACUUCUUGUAUGUUUUAACUUUGGCGAUGCAAUUGAUAUUAGGAACUUAUUAUGGAUAAAUUGAUAAAAAUGGAAAACCUGCUUUGAAAUAACAGUAUUUGGACUUUUUAAUUUCCUUGUAACAAUAAUAAGUGCUGUCCUUUUGUUUAUGCAAUCAAACGCUGAUAAUUACAUCCUGCCUCGCCACUAUUCCAGGAUGAGCGCGAUGAGAGAACGAGGGUCUGAAAUGGUCAGGUAGCUCCAUUUCACACGCUGCAUGUAUCGCCGGAGCUCAAACCGAGCUCGGCUCCAUCUCCUGACAGACUUGCUGGAAGCUGACAUGUUUAACAUUACGUCACGCGGGGGAGGGGGCGGGGCCGGGGAGGGGACGUUUAUGCUAUGCUGCCGCCUUCGUCCAAUAUAUCUCAACAGUUCUGAUUCUAAACUCCAACCGCUAAAGUCCGUCACUGUUCGGCACCUAACAAAAAACGGCUUAGUUGCGCGACAAAGACUUGCUGAUUCACCGUCAGAAAACGUCUGAAAGUCUCUUGUCCUUUAUUACAGUGUAUAAAAAGGGGUAUUUUGUAUGUUUUCAGUGCUCAGUGAAGAGACAGAAGUAUGGCCUUGCUUGCUGGGUGCUGGUUUUUUUUCUUUUCCCCCAAUCCCGAUCGACUGGCGGAGGAACAUGAGGUCACGUUUAAAAAAUAAAAAUACACAAUACAGUGCUGUGUGUGCAAACCGUUGAAAUGGUUGUUAUAUUUAUGUUAGUUUUUAUUAUUGUUUUUAUGUUCUUCCUUUUUUACUGUUGUAUCAAGAACCCAGAAAAUGGCAGGUCAAAAACCAAUGAAGUGUUGAGUGGUUGUAUGAUUUUUCCUGAAUAAAUAAAAGUUGCAAUCUG